AUGGCCAAACAAAACCUAAAGAUUUCUCAGUUCUGUGCUGCAAUUCUGUUUAUCUGCUUCUUCAUUUACCAACUUUCACCAGCCACCUGCAGAACCCUCAAGGGAGCCUUCCCAGGAGAAGAAAACAUCAUGAAUUCAGACAAGAACGUCGGACGGGAAGUCCCGACCGCGAGCAACGAUACAAAAGAGAUAGAGCAAACGAGUACAGAAUUUCAUGCAACAAGGAAGAUUGGAGAAGCUGCAUAUGGACCAUUGCUUAUGGCUAUGCUUCCCAAAGGAAACUUUCAUGUAUUCUCCGGCCGGGAGAAGGGUGCUUUCGACCACAAGAAUCUCUCCUCCUUGCAAAUUCAAGUUCUCCAUCAUCCAAUCAGGCACCACGAUAGAGCCCUCGUCUGCGGUGAAUUCCAAGACGCCGCAAUGCGAAGCCCGUUCUGGAUUGUCUGGGAAUAUAUGGCACUCAAUCUUGUAGACAGCUUAGAUCCUAGCAAUAUUCUUUUCAAAAAAUCAGUUUAUCAAAAUGGAACUGUUUAUAUGAUUUCUGACUACACAGCUCCAUAUCGUUGCCCAUAUCCUUUGGCCUACAAUAUUCAAAAUCGUGAAGGAAGAUUCCUGAAAGUGCCAAAAAAAGCCAGAAAAGAAGUGGGGCAUUCUAAAAGAUCCACCGCAGGAAUUUUCAAGAACUCGUCGAAAUCCAUUGGUUUUGUUAUUCUCAUUGACAACGUAUUUACUGUGUGGUUUCUUAUCGAUAAAAAAAAAGGGUUUAUGGAAGCAGGUUUUCAGAAGGCGCGCGAAAGCUAUGGGACUGAUGGAGACCGAUCUAAAGGGGAUCGUACUAACAAUGGAUCACGAGUUGAGGAAGUUUUUGGUCAGGGGUGUGGAGAAUGGGAUAACUUUUAUUCCUAUACUAGUAGCCUUCGUCCAUGUCUGCCGGACGCAACAAAAUUGUCUGCACAAAUUCUGAAAGAGACUUAG